UAAUUUUACUUUAAAAUAAUUUAGGGGUGACAGGACCGCAAAGUUCAAUAUGACGGUAAAUUUAAUCAAAUUAGAAGUAUUUUUCGGCCUAUUGUCCCAAUGAACUAGUAUUAGAAGUGAACCUAUGUGUAGUUUCUAGUUUCCUUAAUUCUUUUGGGGCAAACCCCCUCAUCAAGAAAUCAAAAGCCCUAAAACCUCACCAAAACCCCCCCAAAAUCACACAAAUCCCUCGUCAGAAAAUCUUAAUUCAUUCCAAAGAAACCCAAAAAAGGAAAAUGGGACUAAGUUUCCUAACAAACUUAGCUAAGCACACAACAAUUCAACAUUCCAAACGUUAUUUCACUAGCAAGAAUUCUUCAAUUUCUAGGAUAUGGACAGAAUCCAAAUAUUGUGUUAGUAACAAUUUCAAUUCAAGAAGUGUUACAAAUACCCCUCCUUGUUUCUCAUUUUUGUUUCUGUUUCGAAAAUCGUAUUCAUCUUCGUCUUCGUCAUCAUCGAAAAGCCAAGUGGGGUUAUUGGGAUGGUAUUUAGGUGCUUUAGAGUCUCGUCCAAUUAUCACUAAAAGUAUUUCUUCUGCUAUUAUUUAUGCUGCUUCUGAUGUUACCUCCCAGAUGAUUACAAUGUCACUGUCAGAUUCUUUAGAUAUAAUUAGGACUCUGCGAAUGGCUGGCUUUGGACUACUAAUUUUAGGAACAGCACAACAUUUUUGGUUUAACUUUGUGGGAACGGUAUUGCCAAAGCGAGAUAUCAUUAGUACGUUGAAGAAGCUGGCAAUGGGACAGCUUGUUUUUGGGCCUGUAAUUAAUUCUAUUUUCUUCUCGUUCAAUGCUGCUCUGCAAGGUGAGAAUGGGGAGGAAAUCAUUGCAAGGUUGAAGCGUGACCUGCUCCCAACAAUGAUGAAUGGCCUAAUGUACUGGCCCGUGUGUGAUUUCUUGACAUAUAAAGUAAUCCCUGUCCAUUUGCAGCCAUUGGCCAAUAGUGCAUUUGCAUAUGCCUGGACGAUAUAUUUGACGUAUGUGGCCAGCUCAAAGAAAGCUAUUGCUGUUUAGUUUGUACCUCAAAAGCUCUGGAGGAUAGAAUUGAGAUAAAAUUGUUGCUGAUCAGCCCUGCACAUAUUGUGGAGAUCAACAAUGAUCACAAGAUGGUAUAGAAUUGGUCAAGGCCCUUGACUCAAGGGUCACAAUUUGAUUCAUUCUUCCAUUUAUUUUCUUCAUUUUAAAUUCGCACUGUAUCGAUGAAUGAAAGGCAUUGAGAACAUGCCACAUCUAGUACCAUUACAAUGUUUUACUUUUCGUGCUGUUUGCAUUGCAUAGUAAUGUUAUUCUGCAUGGCUUAUCAACUUUUGUAAUGCUAUAGAGAAACACAUGUUUCUUCUAUUCAGUUGGCAUGUAUUUAUGGAUAGUUUUCAUUUU